GUCGGCGCGGGCGGGCGGCUCCGCCUGGCCUAGGGCUCCUUUGCCCCGCCCCGCUGCCCGCGCCGUUGUGGCGUCUACUUCCGGGCCCUCACCACCUUUAGCGAAACCAACGAGAAGAAACCGCCUGCAUGUAGAGCAGCCCGACCAGGAACGUAUCCGAGUGGCGCGCGAACGUGAGAGGAAAGCCGUGCGCGGCUGCGCUUUACCGCCCCUGAGCCGCUCUAGACGCGGGAAAAAUGCUUUCUGAAAGCAGUUCAUUUUUGAAGGGUGUAAUGCUUGGAAGCAUUUUCUGUGCCUUGAUCACUAUGCUAGGACACAUUAGGAUUGGUCAUGGAAAUAGAAUGCACCACCAUGAGCAUCAUCACCUACAAGCUCCUAAUAAAGAAGAUAUCUUGAAAAUUUCAGAGGAUGAACGCAUGGAGCUCAGUAAGAGCUUUCGAGUAUACUGUAUCAUCCUUGUCAAACCCAAAGAUGUGAGUCUCUGGGCUGCAGUGAAGGAGACUUGGACCAAACACUGUGACAAAGCAGAGUUCUUCAGUUCUGAAAAUGUUAAAGUGUUUGAGUCAAUUAACAUGGAAACAAAUGACAUGUGGUUAAUGAUGAGAAAAGCUUACAAAUACGCCUUUGAUAAAUAUAGAGACCAAUACAACUGGUUCUUCCUUGCACGCCCCACUACGUUUGCUAUUAUUGAAAACUUAAAGUACUUUUUGUUAAAAAAGGAUCCAUCACAACCUUUCUAUCUAGGCCACACUAUAAAAUCUGGAGACCUCGAGUAUGUGAGUAUGGAAGGAGGAAUUGUCUUAAGUGUAGAAUCAAUGAAAAGACUUAACAGCCUUCUCAGUAUUCCUGAAAAGUGUCCUGAACAGGAAGGGAUGAUUUGGAAGAUAUCUGAAGAUAAGCAGCUAGCAGUCUGCCUGAAAUACGCUGGAGUAUUUGCAGAAAAUGCAGAAGAUGCUGAAGGAAAAGAUAUAUUUAACACCAAGUCUGUUGGGCUUUUUAUUAAAGAGGCAAUGACUAAUCACCCCAACCAGGUAGUAGAAGGAUGUUGUUCAGAUAUGGCUGUUACUUUUAAUGGACUGACGCCUAAUCAGAUGCAUGUAAUGAUGUACGGGGUAUACCGUCUUAGGGCAUUUGGGCAUAUUUUCAAUGAUGCAUUGGUUUUCCUACCUCCAAAUGGUUCUGAUAAUGACUGAGAAGAAAUAAGAGCAUGUAUAUGAUCACCGUGUAGGACAUGUGGUGUUAUUUGCAGUAACAACUGCAUAUCCAACACAGCAGUAUGUUUUUCUUUUUUUUUUUCGUUUUCAGUUUGUUGGCACUGGUUUAUUCACACAUUGAAGUUUAGUAAUACAUUUUAAAAUAGGGUAGGGUUUUUUUCCUUAAAACACACAUGAGAAUUUCAACUGUGUUGGAAAGAAAUGUUUUAAUAAUAAUAAUUUUACAAAUAAAGAAUAUAUUUAUAAAUAAUAUAUUUAUGUGAUAAAUUCUAAAUUAUGAACAUUAAAAAUCUGUGUGGCACAUGUUUUUGCUGAUUGGUUAAAAAAUUUAACAUGUCUUUUUAGCUUUCUAAGAUACGCAAAUGAAAUCUCUAGUUGUGAAUUUGUGAUUAAAGUAAAACUUUUAGCUAUG